CUAUAUACGCCACACAGAGGUGUUUGGACAGUAAACGGCCUGGGUACAAGGCUGCAUGCGGAUAGAGUAGCUAUAGGGUCACUCUAAACUUUGUGCUGUGAUAUUGUCAGCAAAAAGUGAUUUAGAGUAGAUUGGGACCUCAGCACAAUAUGAUGAGGGAUCUCUCUACUCAGUGUUUGUUUGCGUAACAAUCUGUAAGAAUGAAGGGUUCUCUGUAACACAGAAAUGUGUAAGGGGUGGCAGACCGGACACAGGGACUGAACGAGUCCCAUCGCGGGCCCGCGUGGGGUUGAUUACAUAAUUAUAGCCAAUGCGGCGCUCGGCCGCGGAUCCACUGUCUACUGUGGAAAAAUGAAGUGCAUCGUGCUGACUCUUUCUCUUCUUGUGGCUGGAGGGUGUCUUCUGCGGACAGCUAACGGCCAGUGCCAUAUUACCAUCAUUGGACACGAAGACUGCUACAUAGCUGGAUUCCAGCAAGACGUGACCUGCGUUUUCAGUUGCCAGAACGUGGCCAGCAUCCAGUGGUUCCUGAUUUUUGGAGAGUACAUGCUACCUAUAGGGAGUCCCAGUACUGACACUGAAGCAGUGCUGUCCGUGAAUCUCCAGAUACGUAAUAACGGGACACAGUACAAAUGUGUAGUCAGAGAUACAUCUAACGUUGGGUAUGAUGGAGACAAUCACCGUUUAUGUCAGAGAGCUGGAACACUCACUCAGCAUCAGUGCCUCGCAGAAGAAUCCGGUGGUAGCUGGUACUACGCUGACCCUCACCUGUACAGCAGUGAGCAGUAGACCCAGCCCAGCUCAACUGGAUCAACUCAGAUGGGGCCACAGUCACCUCCACUUCUUUCAUCACCGUGUCUCAACAAGUUGUUGUUGGAUUUACUACCACGUCCACCUCACAUUUGACCCUCUCAAGACGUCACAUGCAGACACCUAUACCUGCUCCUGUGUCAUUGAUUAUCCCAGCUCAGUUGCCAACACCACUCACCAAGUCAUCGUCCAGAGUAAAGUGUUACACACAGAAAAGACCCUGUGUAGUUUGUACAGUCCCAGCUUUUUAUAUGGACUCAGAACCUAGCAUAUUACAAAGCUACCCGGGGAUGGAUUUUGUAGGGCAGAGGGCUAAAGCCACACCAUUAUAGUGCAUAGGGUGGGCAAGCUACAGUAAAAUCAUGCUGAUGUAGCUACCCCAUGCUCUUCUUAACAUAGUGUUCAGCUCAUGCAACAGUUAGUGCUGGGGAAAACAUGCUGGCAAAUGCGUAAUAGUUCAACUUUGUAAAGGGGGAAGAAUGGUGUUACUGUCUAUGAGCACACAGUAGAAUUGACGACAAGAAAAUUGCCCUAUUUAGAGAAGUGUCUCGCUCAUUAAGAAUAGCUGAUGCAUGUGCAUGUGUGUGUGUAGCUUGUAACAAAGUUAUACUCUUUCAGCAAGAUGGAGUAUAGGAACAAUGAGCUGGACGAAAAAACUAAUAAGGGCUACUACUUGAUGAUAGUAACUGCAGCUAGCUACAAUUUCCCACGGAGCAUGUGCUCAGAGCAAAACAAAGUAAAGUGUUAGCACACAUUCUUUAUACAGGUUCUUUUUGCAACCUGCCCGUUAUCCACACUGUAUUAUGAUUCCUCUCCUACAGUCCCGCCACCAAUUGUGAGCAUUGUGAGCGACCCUCCUCCCUCACAGGGAGUGUCGACUGGUGACACUCUCACCAUAACAUGCACUGCAGUCGUCUCUAAACUGUGUUGACACACCGACCACAGUCGAUACACGAUGGACGACAGAAACUCUCUCCGCGAUGCUCCCCGUGUGACUGUCACCCAAGUAUCUACCACACCACCAUAUGAGGUCUCUGUCUCCAUAUCUUCCCUCAUAUCCAGCGACACCGGAACCUAUGAGUGCUGUGCUCAGAUCCAUUCUGUGGGAACUCCGUUGGUUAAUGACAGUGACCUGGUUCAUAACUCCAUCGAUAUAUCUGCCUCUCUCAGUGUGGAGGUCCUGGUUGAUUACGAGGUCCCCUGUGAUUAUGAGUAUCCCAGUCCACCAUACUAUCGUCCGUGCACCCCAAUCUCUCUGCGGUGUGAGGCACGCGGGGCAUCGGGAAGCGUCAACUACCGCUGGAGCUCUACAAACAGUGCUAGUUUCGUGAGUGGUGGGACAAACAUGACUGUUUCUACCGACAUGCUCACUUACCUGGACGGCGGCUUACACACCUGCUGUGCACAUGAUGCACAAGGAAACCGUGGUUGUGACAGAGUGGAGAUGGUUGUUAAAGGGAUGGGACUGUACAUUGAUGACAGCGAGUACAUCUCUGGAGCUGCAGUUGCAAAUAACUCGAUUGUGGUUCCCAGAUCCUCAUCUUGUACCAACUGCAAACUCGACAUCUACUGUUGCACAGACAGAGCAGGGCUCCAAAUGGAGUUUGUGUUCCCCGACGGCAUCAGGAAGACAACGACCAAUGACUACUACAACAUGGAAGUGGAGCGGCUGACUAGCACGGCUAAAAUUCGAGCCUUCAACCACCUCUCCUACUACCCACAGCUCUAUGGGCUCUAUUGCUGCAACGUACGAUCUCCGGCUCUGACCAGCAGUGUGGCUGUUUACUCCUCCCUACCAGGGCCACCAAGGGUAUAUUCCAGUGGUUUUGAGAUCAACGAAGACCCAGAUUCUGACUGCAUCAUCAGUAUCAUUUGCAGCACGUCGGACUCGCCACCAUCCAAAGUGAAGUGGUGUAGAAACGGGGUACCGAUCACCAUUGAUGGCACCGACUACGAGGCAGAGCAACAAGUGACUGACCGACGAAACUUGUACUACGACAAUGUCCUCCACGUGAAGAACUCUGAGUUUGCGGCAGGCAGACAUCAGUUCGAGUGCAAGAUUAACAAUUCGCGAGGCAGCCAUGCUCACACCGUUGAAACCAAUGUUCCUGUGUACAACGAGACUGUAAUAACAUCUGAAGGGUCUGAGUUUUCAGGGGAGCGUCAUGUCCUUACCUGUACCGCAACACUCCACGAGAAACUCAAGAACCUCCUUCGGUUUGUGAGGAUAGAGUGGGUGGGGCCAUCUGGCCUCUCCAUGACAAAGGAAAACAUGAUUGAAGUCGGUGGAGUGACGUACAGCGAGUGUGGCGUGUCACGAACUCUCACCUUUGACCCCCUGAAAACCACCCACUCGGGGCUCUAUCGCUGCAUCCUUUCCAUCACCAAGGAAGAGCUCACUCCUUUCUUUCAGAGAGAGAUUCGUCACGACCUUUUCGUCAUCACUAUUGGCCUAUUCCAGCUACAGUUUGGUCCUGUGUCAGACUGCAGCACUUGUGCUGGAGACCCGAAUCUAUUUGCUGCUCUGGAGUCAAACCUCAAGACCACCCUGACGAAUGCAAUCAAUGAACGCUGCCACUGUGAUUUCGAGGAGAAAUCCAUUGACCUCGGGGAGAUUAGCUAUCACUACACAAUCGGAAGAUCUGCUGUAUACAGGGCUCGACUGACGGCCACAGUGUACACGGCUGAGCAGCUGCUGGCCAUGGUCCAGGACUGGGCCACCUCUGAUGGGACGUUCCUCUUCAACUACCACGGCAGGAUAAGGCUGAGGGUCAACCCUCUCUGCCAACCUCUCGCCAUAGACUCUUUCACUGAGCCCGAGUGUGGACAGAGUGUUGCAGAUGUAAACAGCAAAAUAUUCCCACCUUUUUUAGGUGUGGUCUAAAGUGACAAGCUACUAUAUAGUCUGACAGUGCACAUAAUUAUGUUAUGGACACACUAUUUUGGUUGUUUCUCUCUUGCAUUCCCCUUGACUGUAUGCUUGGUAAUAAAAAUCUAUAUAUAUGCUGCGGCUGUGCACGUGAUCAGUUCGCGCUCGCAUGCGCGUAAGCCACAUCGUACUUGCGCGUCUCACUCUAGACUACUACCGAAU